UUGGGAGCGCGUAAAAGUUUCUCACUCCUCCCUCUCGUCCAUGAGGCUGACUUGGCUCCAGAUAUAAACACAGUGCUCCUCUCAGUGCCCGCUGCGAUACUCAGUCUACUCCAAACCAGCAGGCAGUCUGCUCCAAGAGGCCGUUAGAGAAAAAAGCACGAGGGGACGAUCUCUGGCACAUUCCCCAGGAUGGAGAAGGAUUCUCCAUCCAAGCCAUCUGUGGCUGAGCUGGCUGGAAGAUUCAAAGGCCAUAUUUUACCAAUGCCCACCUCAAAUGAUGAGUUUCGAAGAAGACCUCCUUGUUCCCUAAAGUUGCACAAUCCAAGAGAAGACUGUGAGGAAUCAGACAAAACUAUUGUUACCCCAAAUCCCUUUAAAAUAAAGAUGAAGAACUCUGCCAUCAUUGAGAAACUUCAGGCAAAUCUCGCUCUGUCACCCACUUCUCUGCUGCCUUCACCCAAAAGUCCUGACGUGAAGCCUCAACCUGCAACGUCGUCCCCUACCAUAUCCUGUUGCCCGCUGAGCCCCACCCUGAGGCCCUCACAUCAGUCCAGCGAAGAGGAGGAUCCUGUCGGCUUCAGCAACCCUCCUGAGGGCAACCCGCUGCCCAGCUUUAACAAGACUCGUGCACGACUAUCAUUCAAGAGACGUCCACCCACGAGGCAGCACAGGAGGUCAGCUGGAGAGGAGGCGGGAGUCCUCGGAAGUGCUCUCUCCCCAUGUGAACUGAACAGCCCUAAAGAAAAUGGGGAGGACCAAGACCAGGUUUUCAACAGCCAAGCAGAGGAAGACAAACACAGGCAGCCAGCCAGUCUAAUAGAAGCUGAAGAAGACAGAGACUGUGAAAAAGUGGAGGAGGAGGUAGUAAAGAGUGACCCCAUCGACAGUGAAGAGCUGGGGGAGGGGCACAAAACUGAACAGAUCUCUGGGACUUCUGAGGAGGGAGCGCAGCCAUCGGAGCCUUACACCGCCGAGCAGAUAGAGGGCACUGUGAUGGCAGAAUUUGGCCAGGAGGAAAUGGAGGAGGAACCCAAGAAGCAAGUGAUGGGAUGUGAGAUGUGAGCCUUUAUCAACAAAAGAAAUACAUGUAGAAAGUCAUUCAGUUCGUUGACAAUGAUCACUCUAUGAAAAAUGUUAUUCAGAAAACUUUUGAAAAGGUCUUGGUACUGGCUUUGUUUUAAGUUCUACUGUUGCCCUCUUUCUGCCGUCAGUGGAACAGGUCUAUAAACACUGGAGGGCCACGAGAAGCAGCUGUUCUCUGCACCUGAAAAUAAGCAUUACAGUUCAUACUGUAUGGAUAUCUGUCAGGCUGUCUGAAUGACAGCACUCCUUUUCUUGUUAAGAAAACAAUUUUCUUUCUUUCUCUCUGCUGUGAUUUGCAAACGUCAAAGACUUUUUGAGAGUGCACUUCCAUGUCAGAAAAGUAUUGUCUGACCUUACAAAUUAACACGUACAAAAGAGUGUGACACCAAAGAUCACGAUAACUUAAUGUCCACGUUUUUUUAAAAUCCUUUUUUGGGUGGGGGGGGUAUUUGAUGACCAUGUUUAUGUUGUCAUGUUCUACGCUGCUUGGCUUUUUUGUAUACCACAAAAUGUUUAAAGUAUAGAGCGACUGUUUUGUGGCCAGAAAAUAAACAGCCUCAUUAAGACACAAGUUUACUUACUUUUUUAUGUGGUUUAAAUUCUGGCUGAAACAUUGACAUGAGUCAAAAUGAUAAUAUCAGGGAAUAUAUUUAAUCUGAAAGGCCUGUUUGAUUACUGUGAGCUGUGUUUCUCUCCUAAGAUAAUUGUUUGCUAAGGUCAAUGCUUCAUGAUCUACAGUCUUCAAUCAAUGAAGCCAAAACGGUAGGUUUUACUGUUUCUGGCUAUAUGCAGUAGAUACCGCUGCCAUCGACAGCUUCUUGAAACAGAUCUGUUUUCACAGGGCCCUAGCAGUGGCCGUUUGCUAUUAGAUCAUAACGAUUAUUAUUCUUCAUCCUUUGUCUGAAUGAAGUGCAUUUUUGAGUGUCCCAAUGAGCUCAGAAAGGAGCACAAAACUUUCAAAAGGCACCUGAAGAGCUGAAAAAUGUAGAUAUUAUAUUGUUUUUAUGAAUGUAAAUAAAAUGGUGUUGAAACCUUGA